AUGGGUGGAGGCGGCAAGAUCCCGUAUCCCAAGGAAGUCUGGUCUCCCGCGGGUGGCUGGUACGCUCAGCCCGCAAACUGGAGGGUCAACACUGCCAUCAUUGGCGCGGCUGUUCUUGGAGUUGUCGCUGUGACCUGGAGCAUCAGUGCCGACCGUGAGCACCGUGACAAGAUGCCCGAGCCGGGCAGAUUCUUCCCUAGUCGCUAG